AAUGAUUGAUCGAUCAACGUCAAAUCGAUGCUGAUUCAACGUCGCUCGACGUCAAAUCGAUGUUAAUUCAAUCGACGUUAAUUCGAUUGAUUAUUGAUCGAUCAAUCACUUGUAGCUGGGAAUGUAAUAAAAAGGAGCCUCUACUGUUACUGGCAUUAGACCACGCAUAACUGUUUACACGUCUAUCGACAGUUAUCGGUAUUGUUGUGCAGCUUUUUCAUAUAAAGUAUCUGCGCAACGACACCGAGAACUGUCAGUAGGCAUGUAAAGAUAGUUAUGGAAUCGCGCCCCUGGCAUCUCUGAAGAUCGAUUCUGUAUUUUAAAACGAGGUAAAAAUUACAAAGAUACAGAAUCGACUCCCUGGGCGGAAUGCGAAACUCCAAGGAGUUCCAGCGAAGGAUCUAUUGUAGUAUGGUCCACCUCACCACGUCAAGGUGGCACACCAUGAUGGGAGAUUGCUAAAAUUAAAAUAAUUUAAUAGAAAGUUACUAGUCAAUUCUGCUGAACAGCAAAUGCGAUUGGAAAAAGAGGAAGUAAAGAAGAUGAAAACUGUGGCUCAAGAGAGAAAAUACUCUCCACUUAAAGAAGAAAUUAUCUACUUUUGACGACAAUGAAGAACGUUCGCAGCUGUCACAAUUUCAAAAAUAAGUAAUAUGGAAAAUAGAAUAUCCAAUAUAUACGUAUGUUGCGAUACAAGAAAUUAUGAUUUCCGUCAUUAUUUUUAUUAUUAAUCAAUUAUAAAUACAAUACAAACAUGCCUUCAAAAUAUGGAUUUUUAUUGCUGCUUGUUUGCAUAGGAUGUGUUUUGUUAUUUAUUGCAUUCAUGGAGAAAAGUUUAUGGUCAAAGGGAGAAAUUCCGAAAAUAAAUCUAAUACAGCUUGAAACAAUAUAUGAAGUAACUGAUACAUCAUCAAAAAUUUCUAGAAUCAUAAUUGAACCAUCAUGCAAUGCUACUUUUGUGAUAUGGAUUGUCACAUCUUAUGCGGGUGAGCCUUCAGCAAGGAGUGCUUUACGGCGAGCUUAUACAGAUGAAGAAUUGCAGGUUUUAGGAAUCAGAAGAGUAUUUUUACUUGGUACAUUAAAUGAUUAUGCCGAAAAGAAGACACAUAUGCUGCAAAAUGCAUUGUUGGACGAGUCACGACGAUUCAAUGACUUACUUCAGGGAGAUUUUUUAGACACUUAUAGAAAUUUAACUCGCAAGCACUUGAUGGGUCUUCAAUGGGCAGCAAAUAAUUGCAAAGAUGUUAAAUAUAUUAUGAAAAUGGACGAUGAUAUUAUUGUAAAUAUAUAUGGCAUAUUAGAGAAAUUACACUCAGGUAUGAUAGAAAAGAAUUCUUUGACUGGUUAUAUUAUGAAAGAUAUGAUUCCUGUUCGAGAACCAGCCAAUAAAUGGUAUGUGAGUAAGGCGGAAUAUAUAAAUAAUAUUUAUCCCGACUUUGUCUCUGGCUGGCUAUACAUCACGCAUCCGCAAAUAGCAAGUCGACUGAUUAAUUACGCCGUGUCUUCCCAUGAAUACUUUUGGAUAGACGAUGUAUUUGUCACUGGUAUCCUCAGACAAGCUCUAAACAUAAAAAUUCAAAAUAUCAGUGAGUUGUUUACGACAGAUUAUAGAUAUUUGGAAUGUUGUAUAAAGGGAAAAGCGAAUCUACUGAAAUGCGAAUUCUUGGCUGGUCCUAAUGGCGGCGAUACCGAGUUACAAGUGAGAUUCAAGGAAUUUGCAAAAUUUUGCCAUGCAAAUUGUUCCAUCCGCAAGGAGAGUAAUCUUGUUGGUAAGACCUGCGUAGUGGCGUACAAGGAGCCAAAAUUAUAUAAAGGUGCUGUGCAAAUAAAUCCAGUCAGAAUUUUAUAAAGAAAUAAUGGAGGAAAGGGUAGGUAGAAUGAGAUUAACAACAUUUUAAUAAAUUAUAUAUUAUUUUAUUACCAAGAAAA